AUCAGUUACAAAAAAUUUUCAAUAUUUUCAAUUCAAAAUCUAAAUCAAAAUCUCAAAACUGUGAUAAUUUUAUUUCUCAAGUUGAUACUUGUAUCAUUUUUGUGCUGAAAAUCUUGUGAUUUGACAAAAAUACGAUAAUUUGAAAUGUCAAUACAUUAAAGUCGUCUCCCAGAGUACGAUAUUCAAUCAGCUCUUCGCCAAAUCUGCUUAUUGGUUGCUCAAUGGAAUUGACUAUAUCAUGCAUACUUCGAUACCGAAACUUUCAGUUCCAUAUGAUAUUUUUCAUUCGUUUUUGAAUUAUGCUGAGCAUAAAUACUGUUCCUUGUGAGUAGACUCCGUUUAUUUCAUCAGCCAAGGCAUCGGAAUGUCUACGAAUAUUUUCCAAUCUUGUAUCAUUUAUAUUCUACCCAGCGGGUUAUUGAAAAAACGUAUCAAAUUAUUUGAAGAUAAAAUACUUGCUUUUGGUGGCAAGAUCACUUCUGAACCUCUGAAGACACCACCCACUCAUAUAAUAGUAGAAGAUGGUCUGUUAAACAACCCUAGUCAAGUUAUCAACGCUUUGAAAGCUACGAAUUUAUUGCCAGAGAGCUUGAAUUGCAAAAUUAUCGGUACCUUAUGGUUAAGUCGAUGUUUGAAAGAAAAACAAUUUUUGAAUACGGAUAAUUUCGAAUUUAAAAAGAUAACGUUGGUAAAAAAUGAAUUGAAUGAUGAAUGUCAAGAAUCUCCUGCCAAAAAACGAAGGAUUGAAGUAUAUCCUGGGAUGUCGGUAUCGAAAACUAUAAAUUUUGAUGUUCCACAAAUUGAUCACUGCCCAAAUGAAGUAAUAUUAAACGAAUUCCAGAAGUUAGCUGAUAGUUACCGUGCUCGAAGAGAUAAAUGGCGAACAUUAGGAUAUGAAAAAGCUAUUCAAUCUAUCAAAUCGUGCAAACGAGAAAUAACGAAUAUCAAUGAUGUCAAAGGAUUACCAAAUAUAAGCGCCAAAAUGGUCGAUAAAAUCGCCGAAAUUCUCGAAAACGGGUAUUUAACGAAAGCUCGUGAAUUGUACACAGAUGAAAAAACUAAAAUUUUGGACAUGUUUGGUAAAAUAUGGGGAGCUGGACCAACUACUGCGGAGCUUUGGUAUCAAAAGGGAUUAAGGACGUUUGAAGAUUUAGAAACCAAGGGAAAUUUAAAUCAACAGCAAAAAAUUGGAUUAAAGUAUUACAACGAUAUUCAAGAGAAAAUACCUCGGGAGGAAGUGGCCGAAAUCGUUAAAAUUGUUACCGAAGCAUGUAUGAGGGUGUGUCCUAAUUUAAAAGUUAUUCCAUGUGGAUCAUUUCGUAGAGGAAAGCAGAUCUGUGGCGAUGUUGACGUUCUAGUUAUUAAAAAGGAUCACAUUAAAUAUGAUGCUGUGUUGCCAAAGAUAAUUACCAAUUUAAAAUCAACAGGUUUCAUUGUUGAUGAUCUAAUUGGUACAGACAACAGUGAAGAACCUAGAAAAUAUUUAGGAUUAUGCAAGCUACCGCGAGAAAACGCCAAAAAUAGAAGAUUGGAUGUAUUUCUUGUGCCAGAAAAUGAAUCAGCUACUGCAAUAAUGCACUAUACAGGCUCUGGUUUGUUCAACCGAGCUAUUAGGUUAUACGCUUCAAAGAAGAAUAUGCAUUUAUCCGAGCACGGUCUGUACAGAAUUAUUCAUCAAGACAAAGAAAUACUUAGAAAACACCAGAUCCAAACUCCAAACGAAGAGAGCAUUUUUCAACAUUUAGGCCUUUCUUAUAGACUUCCUGAAGACCGAGAAGUUUUUUCAACCUAAUGUUACCAAUACUUUUUUUUAUACCGGUGCAGUUUUGAACUAGUUUUUAUAUUAAUGUUUUCUAGAAUUUUGCCAAGUUAUUGCUUCUAUGUUCGUAAUAUAUUGAAAAUGUCGGCGUUACAAUAAAAUAUCAAAGUGAAAA